UAAUCUCUCAAGAUGGUGCUGUCCAUCAAACUAAAACUUGGAAAAUCUGGGGAGGAGGAGAAUCAUAUUCGCCAACAAAAGAUGGAACGCUUGCUUAAAAUGGAGUUCAAAAAUCACAGGGACGUUCUGAAGGAGAUGGUAGCUAUGGAGUUUGAUUCCCUUGGCAUAAACUCUGAUUCUGUUUUCAAUAAUCAAGAGGAAAUGAAGGAAUGGAUAACAAGGAAAAGACAUCAAUUGCUUAAAAUUGAUGAGGAGCAAAACAAAAAGAGGAAGAAAGGAGAUAGUAUUCCUCCAAACCAAAUGGAGGAGGAUGACAGUACCAGACUACAGCCUACAUCAGCAACAAUGCCUAGUGAGCUUCUGCAUGCAAUAAUCACUAAACAUAGAGGUGAGGAUGUGGUGUUGGUAAUGGAGAAGACACUAACAGCUACUGAUGCGAGUUCGGGUCAUGGUCGUCUAUCCAUACCAGAAAGCCGAGUAAAGGUUGAAAAGUUCUUAAGUGAUGCAGAGAGAAGGCAAGCAUCAUACAGUGAGAUACCUGUAGAUGCUCUGGUUUUGGUAAUGGGAGCCCAAAAGCCUGAAUUGUGGAGCUUCAACUUUAAGAAAUGGAUGAUGAACAAAACUGGCAUUUAUGUAUUGAUCAGAAACUGGGCCAAGUUGGUGGUGGACAAAAAUUUACUAGAGGGUGAUACAGUCCAGAUCUGGUCCUUCAGAAGUUUACAAAAUGGAGGAGGGAAGAAGCUCUGUUUUGCAAUUAAUGUUCUUCAGGGAUGAUGCUUGUUCCCACAAGAACAAUGACAUUGAGAUCUUUAUGAUGUCUAACUCUA